AUAAAUCGAUAAAAAAUAGGCAGAGCCGUUUAGUGAUUUGAUACAAUUUUGUUAUUUUGCGAAGAUUAAGUUGAUCACAUGAAAAGCAUACGUUUUACGAGAUGAGCAAGUAGGCUUUUGGAUAUUGGCAGUGGUUGGCUACAGAAUCGGCAAAAGUUACACAGCACCUAGAGAAGCUGGCGUAACAAGUGAAAAAAUGUUAUCGUGCAAGACAGCACUUGGACAAAGAUUGGUUUGCCCGGCGGGCAGAAUUGGCAAAAGUUGGGAGUCCUGCAGAGAGAGGAGGUCAGAUUAGAGUAGCAAUAUCAAAUGCAGACUUGUUACGCAUGGACCUGUUGUUUUUCCUCCGGCGCAUAUCAAAAGCUGAGAUGAAACUUGAUGCCGGUGAAGUGCUUUUCUGAUAGAAACUGUUGGUGGUGCACACCUUACGAAAGUGCACCUAGAGGAGUCGAAAUAUUCUCACGAACUCUUGACAUAUACCAAUCUCUCUCUCUCUCUCUCUCUCUCUCUCUCUCUCUCUCUCUCUCUCUCUCUCUCUCUCUCUUUAUAACAAGGAUAAGAGAAUUUACAGAUUCUGUGUUGAUGUUAUUCCGUGUUAUGCCACCAGCGCCGCCUAGGUCAGACUUCAAGUGUCAGAAUUUCUUUUCAGAUCUUCGCAAAAAAAAAAUCUUUGCAGAAAGUUGGACCGUGAGCAUUUCUUGUGGGCAAACUUAGCAAAGAGUGAGCAAUUGACCGUCCAUUGGAGUAAUGGUAGGGCAAGGCAGGGAACGUUCUCUGCUCAGACGGGCAAGAAAUUAAACCCGUAUAUAUAGUCAAUCAACCGCCCCGGAUGAAAACGAUCAGAUACGACGGCACUGGCGUAAAACACAUCUGCUCAACUGUUAGCCCGUGUAUUACAAUGGCAGCAUCUCACCCCUCUCGAAGCAGUGUCUGCUUAGCCCUGGCUGUUGCCAUUUGCAUCUUGCUCCCAGGCUGCUUCUCCAGCAAAGUUACCCUGGAGAUUUUCGAGAGGGCAUGCCACUGCUUCGACGACCACAAUGUGUACAACGAGUGCGCGGAGGAGCUCCGGCUGGGCGUGGAGGGGGCGUUCCACGUGGGGCGGGAGAGCGUGGACGAGUACUGCGGCGGGGCCUGCCUCGCCGAGACGGAGAUGGCGCUGCGCUGCGUGGAGGAGGUCGCCCACGACGGCUUCAGGUUCUCCAACGGCGCCUCGCUGCUGGCCGUGAAGCAGGCGCUCGGCAGCGGCUGCAGCUACACGCCGGAGAGAGGAACCUUCGACAUACGUGAGCGCAGGGAGUGCGGCGACGAGUACGGGUACGGCUACCACGGCGCGCUCGGCUACGGCGAGGAAGGCGGCGACCGGCGGUACGAGUACCCGGGCGGCGCGUUCGGCAACUACUGCUCCGGCGCCACCGGCGGCGGCGCGGUGCAGACGCUCCUCCUCGCCUUCCUCCUUGUCUCCGCGUCGGCGCUGCUUCUUGCCGCAUGAGCGAUGGUGAUCUUACGAUGUACUGUAUUUGUAAUGAUUUUGGUUUCAGGUUGAGUUUUAUCCCAUGAUCCGCAUAUUGUAAUUCUCCCUUCUUAUUUUUGCACGAUGCACCUGCGCAUGGUAUUCUCUCACAGGGCAAGGAAUAACUAAAAAAAGAGUACUUACUUUGAUCUUAAAAACAAGGAUAUCUCCAUGACUGAGAUUUACCUAGCAAACAAAAAUCCUCCAAAAAUGUUCAUUUGCACCAAGCCCUUUUCCUGACGAGAGAAUUUGACAGGAUAUAGUUCAAUUCACUCAAGAGUAGGAGAAAACAGAAUUGGAAUGCCAUCACGUGUAGAACGAAAAUGCUAGAGCUACAUGUGGAAUGCUGAACAGACCCUCGCAAAAAAAAAGAAAAAAAAAGAGAGAAAAGAAUGCUGAACAGACGUGCCGCAAGAAUUUGCAGCAAAGUGUGUUUAGACUUUGGAGGCUUCACUAAAAAGUACUCCCUCUAUAUAACUUAAUAUAAGACGUGUUUUGACACUGUCAAUCUGUGGACUCUAAAAACAUCUUAUAAAAAGUUACAGAGGUAGUAGAAUUAAUAUUCAACGUGUACAUGCUUGUUACUGAGAAGCAAAAGGAAGGAAAAUCCUCUAAAUAUGAAGAUAGUUUUCGCAUCCUACAGGUACCUUUAAAGCAAAUCAUACAAUCAAAACACCUUUAGGUCCAUCUAAUUGUUUUUAAAAACAAAGAUUCAUUUUCCUACUGGAGCGCAGAAACA